GGUGCUGAAAAACAAAAAAAAUAAAAGUAAAAAAAGAAUAAAAAAUCACGCACCGCGUUUAUGUGCAGUCAACAAAUGACAUAUUUCACAUGUACUAAAAAGAGCGAAACGUAAACGAAACAGGCGCUUUUCUGGGGGAAAGAAACUUUUUUUCUCCAGUGUUGAACGAAAAUAGGGACCGAGAUUAGCUCUUGAACUUCAGGUGUUAAGACAAGAAGACAAGCACAGACGCGCUCCUGAGUUUCGGCUGAUUUCGUGCGGGAUAGCAGGUGCUUGCCCUGUCCCCUCUCCCCCUGGCCCAUCUGCCCUGCAUGGUCAUGAUCUGCUGCCAUCCUUCCUCCAGUACCUCUGCUCUACUGCUAAUCCUGCUCAGCAUCGCUCCACAGCUGCCUGCUGCUGCCCCACUGCUUACUGCGAGCCCUCUCAUCAGCACCAGCAAUGAGACACUCCAGCUGGUGCACCAGGACCUGGAGACAGCAGAUGGAGCAGCUUGGACACACAGGAAAGUGGACAGGCUUUUCCAGUCACCCUUAGGACAGGGCCACCUUACAGACAUGGACUCUGCCAGGGCACUAGCUUCUGUCCUCCUGGAGGCUCUCGACCACCCAGCCAGAGAAAAGAUAGGUGGCAGGGUGGAGGCGGAGGAGUAUGUGGAGAGUGGGCUGGGACAGAAGUUGGAGACGUGGAGGGAUCAGGAUGAACGCAGAGACCCAGAGCAAGGAAGAGGAGAGGAGGAGAAUGUGAAGAAAAUACAGACUGGAGUGACUGAGUUGAGCAAGGGUGAGGAGAAGGGAGGAGAAGAAAAUGCAGGAUUAACAGAGCCAUGGCUUUCCGGUGAGAAUAACAAGGGAAACAAAGAAAGCACAUUAGAGGGAAAGGAAGAGCUUCUGCAGAGCUUGCUUAAUAAAAAAACAGAAGUCCCACCCCAAACUGCCACAUCCCUUCAGCGUAAAACCAGGGGUUAUUUCCAAAACAUUGACCUUGGGCUGCAGGACAAUGAGAUCCUCCCCCCUCUAAAGGGCUACAAAGCCUAUAACCAGCAGCUAGCCCUGGCCAGCAAGAAGCUCAAGUGGCAGGAGGAUAAAGAGAGAAAUCCUUCUCAGCUUGACAGGAACUUCAUGGAUGAUUUUGACUUCAUAGAUGAGGAGGAGGAGGUCCUCCCCCGUGAAGAGGAAGAGGCGAGGGCACGAGCUGAGCAGGAAGAGGUGCGGAGGCAAGAGGCGGAGGCACAAGAGGCGCGUGAAGAGGAGCAGAGACUGGCAGACAUUGCCUCGGACAUGCUUCUGGAAUACAUGGGCAGAAAACAGAAAGCAGCUUCUUACCUGAAUGACAUGAAGAAAGCUUCAUUGCUGAACAAUGUGGCUGAGGACAAGCGCUCUAAUGAAGUGGAGGACAGUGAUGAUGACGAAAUGGACCCCGAGACUAUUGACAAGCUGAUCGAAAUCUCCAGUAAGCUGCACCUACCUGCUGAUGAUGUUGUUGAGAUCAUCACAGAUGUGGAGGAGAAGAAGAAGAGGAAGGAUUCACCCCCCAUUAAUGCCCCCCGUUUCCGCCCUUUAGUCCCCCUCAAAGCCAAGCAGAGGGCUCCUGUUUAUCAAUACCCCAAGUCCCCAAAGAAAUCCUCCUACAAGGUGAACCCGUACAAGAAAUGGUACAAGGAAAAAAGCAAAGCAAAGUUCAACAAGCAGGACUACUGGUUUAAGCCACAGAAGCAGUUGCUAGCUUAUCCCUCCUUUCCUUAUUACCAGAAGCCAUAUCGAGCCUAUUACCCUGUUUACUUUCCACCUCCUGAACCACGCUUUUACACAAACCCUGCCCUCUCUUUUGACUACAACUUUGGGGGCUCCAUGGGCUACGGCUUUAAACCCCCCAAACGCAGAAAUAGAGACAGAGCCAAGGCAAGGGAGCGAAACUGGGUGCAGGGGGCUCGCCAGCCCCAGAACCCCUUCCCUUUAGUGGACACAGUCAUUUCUAACUACAUCCUCCCUCAUCCCCGAACUUACCAGACCCUCCCUGUGCCCAAACCCCGUUCUCCCCUGAGUGCAGCAGCACCCAGCUUCUUUUACCACCCAGACUAUGCGUAUGAUGAGCCAGAGCCAGUGCCAGACAGCGAUGAUGAGCUGGAGAACUUCAUUGAGAAGAUUUACUACAACCGCAGGUUGUUCUAGAGGCUAGGAGGAGGACUGGUGAUAUUCUAUAGCGAUGAAAAAGAGUGAGGAGAACAAAGAGGAAAACUGAGUGAGUGAGGGCAUGACGUUAGGGGCUGAGAAAAGACUAAUUCUAUGUUACUUCUCCACUCUUGUUUUUAAAAACAUUCCAGGUCAGUCCAGAAAGCGAUGUUAAUGAGAUUAUGGACCCUCUCUGUGUGUUUGCAUUCCGUUCCUCUCGCAGUUUACAUUUUCAUUUGGUGAGAGAACUUACGGGUGAAUUUGUCAGGUUUCAUUCAGGUAUGGUUUUACUCUUGCAUGUCAAAAACAUUUUAGGUGCCAACUGCAAGAGACCCAUGUUUACAGAAAGAUUCUUUUUUUGUUUUGGUCACAUGUGAUUAAUUAAUGUGAAUUGAAAAUAGGGUCUAAGCUUGAAGCUGAAUUCUUGAAUCACUUGGCACUGCAGGGCACAUCUUAUAGCUUUCUUCUGGACUCGAGUCAACUGAUUAUAACUACAGAUCCAUCUUUUUCGUAGGCUAUGUUUAAGUGUGAUUAUCAGUGCUCCUAUUGCCUUAAUAUGGAUCCAUUUAAUUCAUGUGCAUGCAGGUCUUGCACCACAGAAAAUAAUAACUUUAUGUGAAACAAAAACAAAUAGCCACCACAAGUACUUGAAAGAAAAAUCUUCCAUUCUGUUUAAAGGAAUGCAAAAUGGUGGGUGUCUUCAAUGGAUGCGUGCCCUGUUUAAGGUAGUUUUUGGUAUUCGUUCCCCAUGCCAAUGAUUUUCUGUACACCUCAUAUAUCUUUUUCUUAUGUCAAGUUUCAAACUUUUUAAAACACCUUUUUAUGGGUUAUUGUUACCUCUAACAUUCUAUCAACACACAGUGUAACUUUGUCUUGAGGGUCAAAUGAAAGUUGUAUAUACUAUGUCUAUUCUAAAGAAGUUUUCAAAUGUUUGAAAAGUUGUGAGAACUGAACUGAGGUUGAAACGAACGUCUGCACGUCUAUCUGUAUUUGCAUCUUUAAAAAAAGCAGAAAAAAAAGCGGGGGAAAUUGCCUCUUUGAAAAACUGUGGUUAUUAAAAAAAAUACACAAAAAAACCCUAAGAAAGAAAACUAAU